UCCCCUGCUAUGCAAAGCAUGCAAACGUCCGGAAUCUGUCGAAGUGAUCCAUAAGGGUCCGCCCGGGUCACACGUUCGGCCAUGCGAGGAAAGGGAUCUGUCUCUCUCUCCCACUCACUCAGUCACUCUCAUCACCGUACAUGGCUAAGGGACGAACACCGACCGCUCCUUUGAACGGCACCACACCGGGUUGGUCAGCUGCUCUUGACUCGCUCCGAGUCGCUCGACGGUGUCGUUCCUCGACCCACCUGGCUUGGGUUAGGCAAUCCUGUGUCGAAAAGACGUUUGCUCGACGCCCCCUUACUGACACGUCCUGACUCUCUCUGUAUUCUUAUGCCGUUUUACUAUUUCAAUGCCUCGCUCGCACUUUUCUGUCGGUUCGCCGUUUCUGUUCUUCUUUCAAGUCAAACCCGGAUUCCCUAAAACACACAACUCUUCGUCUUGGCCGGUAGCAACCAACUAUACGCUUCAACGUGUACUCGCCACUUACACAAGCCAUAACUGCUCCAUCAAACACCACCUGUCGAGAAGCACUUGUCGUUGAGAUCUCACACCAGACUUUACUUCACGCCCCAACUCACUGCAUCUUCUUUGCUCGCGUUUCCGGUCAUCUCCCGACUCAGCUACUCGAAAUCUCUUUACCAGCUUGCGCGGCAAUCCCCCACUCACUUCCUUACAAUGACAGCCGUUGUGAGCACGGCGCCCUUUGCAGUGGUCGACCCCCUCGCCAAACAUUUCAAGGAGAGUGUAGGUGUCAACGUGGAGGAAGUCGACAUCAACAAUACCGACAGGUUCUUGGUCCACUCGCCAUACACCGAUCCCGAGCACCUACUGGACCUCGAAACUCUUGACGACGAAAACGCCCUCCUCGCCAGGGCGUUGUCCCGGCUCGAGUGCCUUCGUGAAGACUAUGCCACAGCCGACUACGUCGAGUCCUUCAACUGGGGGGACGUCAUAGCUGAACUCAAAAAGCUCGUUCAAUCGACAGGGAAAACGUUCAAGGAAACGUCCUUUUACAUCGUUGCGUUCCGCUCGACGAUCCCGCCGUCAACCGUGUACGAAGACCUUGGCGUCCUGGACAAGGCCGCUCAUGCCGAGGCUAACCAAGUUGGAGGAUUCCUCAAAUACUGGUUUGGGAGCCCCGACUCAGAAGGAAGGAAUCUCGCGACUUGCUUGUGGAGAUCGAGGCCGGACGCUGUCAAGGCGGGCCACGGUCCCGCUCACCGCAAGGCAAGCCGUGCAACAGCGUCCAUGUACUCGUUCUGGCGGAUUGAUCGGCAUCGAUUGGUCAUCCGUGAUGGCGCCGAGAGUUGGGAAAUCAUUGACUGGGUUGACUAG